AUGCCCUUUAGACUCGACACAGGAAGGGCAGUCUUGGGUACCUUACCUUCCGCGACCCGUAGCCCGUCGUGCCCGCCCGCUGCCCGUUCCUCUCACACAUUUGACUCGACCGUCGAAGGUAAGGUACUCCCAAAUCUCAAGACUGCCGGCUGCCGGCAAUGCUCCCGCCGGCUGGCAAUUCCAAGAAGGUCCACCACUUUGACAGCAGGCGCGCCAGGCCAGGGAAGGCAGAUGAACGAGAACUCAGUCAACUCACUCAAGUCCCACUCGCAACAACGAUGUGGGACGCCAAAAGUCUGGCAGUCUGUCUCUGAGUCUUGGGAUCAGCGCUGGGAGAUGCCGGAUCGGACUUGGUCAUGGACCCCGGGGGACCAGGAACAUCGCGCCGGCCGCACCCUCCCUCACUUUCUCAGUGACAAGCGUCUCUCUCACCUUCUCGCCCUGCCCCCUCUCAUCAUUCAGAAUACGCAUCGCUCAUCUUACAGGCUUUCCCCACUCCAGAAACGCCACUUUACAGCCAAGAAAUACUGCGCCGUGGCACGCCUGAGAAGUGAGUACCUAGAGGGGAAAAGGGCAUGA